GCAAGAUGGCGGCGCCCAGUAAUGCUGGUUAUUCUCCCGAGAUAUCGACUCCGUUAAAGAUACCGAAAACAGAAGUGCCAUCACCAGAAUCGGGAGAUUUAAGCGAUAGCAAUCAAUAUCAUUCCAAUCCCUCAACACCUAAUCGGUUUUCGCCUCUUAACGUAGGUUUGUCGAUUUCUGGGAGCGCAGGCCGAAGUGGAUCGGCCUGUGCCUCAAAUAGCUUCACUGCUUGCCGAGGGAUGUCGUGGACCCCAUCCGAAACAAACGCUCUUAUAGCAGUGUGGGGAAACGAAAGGUUAACGGAGGCUCGAAUGCAGCAGCUGGAGGUUGCAGGCACUGUUUUCUCUGGAAAAGCUCCUGGUCCCGCUAUGUACGAACGGGUUUCAAGAGCCCUAGCUGAGCUCGGAUACGAAAGGACCCCAUCCCAAUGCAGGGAGAGGAUGAAGGUAAUUGGGGACAGAACGCUGCGCCGGUGCUACAGCCGAGUGAAGGAGCACGGCAUUGGCAAGAGGAAGAGCAGCUACUCCAUCGAGCAGUUGGAGAAAGUGUUUGGCCAGGGAGGCUGGGACUCCCAGACAUGUGCCCCCGUCCUCAUCAACAGCAGUGGUCUGUACCAGGAGAUGGAGUCUGAUGGCAGCACAAUGGAGGACUUCUCCCAGGAAGAUUGGUGCAACCAGGUGCUGGCCUCUGCCUUCCAGGAGGGAGAGAUGGAGACUGAGGAAACACAGCCGGUAAAGAAUGCCAGAGUCCUGCAGCUUCAACCUGAGCCCUCGAAGCAAGUGCAGAAACAAGAGGUCAUGCAGAAUGUGGUGCGCAUCCUGGAGUCUGUGCAGGUCAAGUGGGAACACUUCCAGACAUGGACCGACUUUUCCCGACUACACCUUUCCAACAAGCUGGCCAUUUUCGGCGUCGGUUACAACACACGCUGGCGUGAGGACAUCCGCUACCACUAUGCCGAGAUCAGCUCUCAGGUCCCACUGGGCAAGCGGCUGCGAGAGUACUUUAACCCGGAGAAGGCUGAGGGCCGUGUCAUCAUGACCAAAGUGCAGAAGAUGAACUGGAAGAAUGUGUAUUACAAGUUCCUUGACAUUACUAUUAGUGAGGCACGCUGCCUGGAGCUGCACAUGGAGGUCGACUGGAUCCCCAUAGCCCAGUCUAGAGUGGCGGGCUGUAGCAACGGGACUUCCCAGUACCUGCUGCCAGGGGGCAUCCCCAAGACUUACGGCCUGUACACCAUAGGAUACGAGGAGGUGGCGGCUAAGUCGGACUACACAGGGGAUGAUGAGGCCCCAACUUCUCCGUUGCAGCUCCAAGACUCUGACCAGAGCUUGCCUCUCUCCGGGUCAUCGGGCUCUGGUGGGUCCGGCUCUGAAAGUGCGUUGGGGCUGGGGGUGCGUGUGGGUAACGGAGAGAGGACAGGGGCCAAAGUGACCUACUGCUACCUCGGCAUUGCGGAGGACAGGACCCUACAGCAGUGCCUGUUCCAGCACUUUCAGAGCUCAGGCAAACACUACAGCCGCAAGGAGCCCUCCGCCAUCACACGCUUCCUCCAGGGGAACUGCGGUGGCACCGGGCAGCAGGCCAGGGAAGAGGGCCUCUCCUUGGGCCCUGAACGCUCAGCCAUCUACAUCAAAUUCAUUGAAGUGGAGCUUGAUUUCCUUUCUGCUGGCUCCUUAGUGGAGUGUCUCGAAAUUGCAGUUGGUUACUCUUUAAAGUACAACAAAGAGACGUUGUAACGCAUGUUGUUUUAACUUCCGUUAACUGAAGGAUGACCACAAGUAUUGAGAGCCAGAGGGACAUGCAGUAUAUCUUUCCCCUAAUUUAAUCGCAGAGCUGAGUUUAAAUACUAUUUGAAAUGAUUUAAAAUACUUGAGCAAGGUUUCAUCAAGCUUGUCUGGGUCAAUGCAACCAAAAGAAUAGGAAACUGCAAUCCCCACCUCUUUUAACUGCCAGGCAGGCUGAAGCAAACACAAAUAUUUAAAAUAUUUCAAAAGGUCUUUGAACCAGGUCUGCAGUUUUUCUGUCUUAUCAGGGAACAUGAGCGGGAAUGGUCAGUGUUGGAUGCAUUUCCCUACCUCAAGGAUAUAGCAGUGGAUAUAUAUUUAUCACAAGAUGGUAUGUGCGCUUGUUUAAAAACUGCCUUUACAUUUCUUUGAAUUUGGAUGUCUAUUGUCAGGUCUAAAGUGCCAGAAAAAGAUCCUGGGGUGAAGAUAAUGUGUGGAACGUGAAACAGUUAAAAAGACAAGGGAAAUAUGAAUAUAAAAUAUUGAAUUUAUCUCUAUAUAGAAAUAUAUAUUUAAGAAUAUAUAUUGAUGUUGUCAAGCAUUCCAGCAUUUGCGAACAUAUGACAUUCAAAGAAGUCUGUUAAUGUUUUGGUAUAUAUAUAUUUUUUAUUGGUUAACACGGUGUCUUUGCGUAUUUUUGUUUCCUGGUCACAGUCUUGUAUGUUUACAUGUUUUGAAAAAACAAUAAACGGGGGGCACUGAC